CUGAGGGCUUGGAGGAAGCUCCAGGAGAAUGGUGGCCUUUCUGAGGGCUUGGAGGAAGCUCAAGGAGAAUGGUGGCCUUUCUUAGGGCUUGGAGGAAGCUCCAGGAGAAUGGUGGCCUUUCUGAGGGCUUGGAGGAAGCUCAAGGAGAAUGGUGGCCUUUCUUAGGGCUUGGAGGAAGCUCCAGGAGAAUGGUGGCCUUUCUAAGGCCUUGGAGGAAGCUCCAGGAGAAUGGUAGCAGUUGUAUGAUACUCAGAGGUAGAGGGCCCCCUUGUAUUAGAAGGUAGGUUGGCUCCGUGCUGUGUAGGGUGCUCCUCCUGUAGUAUGAGCGUCUCUGUUGACCCCCCAGUGUGUGAGGGUGCUGUUGGAUAUGAAUGUCUCUUCUGUUACUUAGAAGAUGGAGAUCCUCCAGCCUGGUAGAUGAGGCCACACCUAACCC